GGGAACACGUGUUUGUAUAUUUUACGUUGUUGUUUCAUUAACCUGUACGAAAAUAUUAAAAUUCUAAAAUAAAUUUUCAUUAAUCUGUCAAAAUUUUAAAUUUUAACGUUCUCCUUUAACAAUGUUAAACCGGUAAAAGAAUGAUAUUAAAAAAAUGUCAAAUGACGGAAAUAAUCAUGGGCAAAAUAAUAUCACGAAAAAUGUUUUUAUUACAUCCCUUGUUUCAGGUGCUGUCGCAGGACUCAUAUGCGAUUUUAUAUCUUUUCCUUUGGAUACUCUCAAAACACGAUUACAAAGUCAACAGGGUUUCAUAAAGGCAGGUGGUUUUAAACGAUUGUACCUAGGUUUGGGUCCAGUUAUGAUAGGGUCUGCUCCUUCAGCUGCCUUAUUUUUUAUAACAUAUGAGGGAAUAAAAGAAAUCUUUCAACAUCGUAUACCUGAGUACUAUCACCCUAUUAUGCACAUGACUGCUGCAUCAUUAGGAGAAGCAAUUGCAUGCAUUAUUCGGGUACCAGUUGAGGUGGUGAAACAAAGAAAACAAGUACUUAUAGAAGAUACUGACAAAUUACCAAUAAAAACAUUAUAUCGAGGUUAUGGAAGUACAGUAAUCCGAGAUUUACCACUGGGUUUGAUUCAAUUACCACUUUGGGAAUAUUUUAAGCUAUGUUGGAAAAGAGUAGUAGGACGCGAAUGCUCUGUUAUGGAAGGUGCCAUCUGUGGCUCAUUAUCAGUUGCUAUAUCUGCAAUUGUAACUACACCUUUGGAUGUUGCAAAAACUAGGAUAAUGUUAUCAAAUGCAUCAGCAAAAAAAGAUGAAGUAAAAAUAUGUGCAAUGAUAAAAACGAUUUAUCAAGAACAUGGUACUAAAGGGCUUUUUGCAGGUUUCACACCGAGAGUGGGUGGUUUUACUCUUAGUGGAUUUAUAUUUUUCGGUGUUUACGAAAAAGUUAGAGAAAUUUGCAUUUCGUCUUUAUCACAAGAGCACUAAGAGGAAUACCUUGAUAAAUAUAUUAUUAUAUACAGCUUAUCAAUAGAUCAUAACUUACUACAAGAGAUCUCAAUAUUCAUAUUGUAAUAAAACUUCAUAUUCAAAAAAGGCACAAGAUAUGACACAUUUAAAAAUAGUUGCAAUUUACAUUUUAACUGUUAAUAAUGACAUGAUAUACUACAAAUUUUCAAAAUACUUACCAAUUUUCAAAUUAAAUUUUAUGAUAAUGAAAGAAGCUUCUUCAAUUAUGCGUCAGAAACA